CCCUGGGCCUUAGUCUCUGUCUUGCCUUGGGAGCUGGGCCACAGCUGUGGACUCCCUGUCACCCUGGCGAAGCUGUGCACUGUAAGCAAGCCACCCUGCAAACCCGGGCCAUGAGCAUCUGGGACACAGCACAGCCUCUCUUGGAUUCACUAUGCCGGCCCGGAGAACCCCGUCCUGGCCUCCGUCCCCAGAUGAGGAUCCCGGUUUGCCUUGCUUUCCUCUGGAGAAGCCCGGCCCCCACUUCCGGGUCCCAGGAAAUCUCCCCUCUGCAGCUUUGCCACUGGAGGAAGAAGAGCAAGAUGAAGAGGAUGUGAUCGAUGAAGGCAGGCUGUGGCCUGAAGGGAUUCGCAGUGAGGAGCAUCCCAUCCAGUUUUUUGCCGAGGCGCGGCGGCUGCGGGAGCAGAGGCUGUUGCUAGAUGAGGAGGUGUCGGUCGGUGGGCAGGUCUAUGGGGUGCACCGGGUAAUUUUGGCCGCAGUGAGCAGCCUCUUCCGAGAGAGGCUGCGGGAGGGCGGUGGAAGCCCUCGGCCCCCUGUCAGCCUCGCUGUGACCCCUAGGGGCUGGGAGUCCGUGCUGACCUUUGCCUAUGAAGGGGUGCUGGGCCCCAUCCCUCAUGGGGAGGUAGAGGUGGUGGCGGAUGCCCUGGGAGCGCCCCGGGUGAAGGCAGCCGCCCAGCAGAGAUGUGAGGAGGCCAUGGAAGACGGAGAGAAACCCGACCAGACAGAGGAGCUGUGGGCGAACCUGCGUAGCAUCGAGCUCCUCUACCAAGAGGGCAUCGGGUGUGACCUGGAGCUGGAGGCGGACGGCUGCCGGCUGCAAGUGCACCGAGCAGCCCUGGCCUGUGGCAGCGAGUUCUUCGGGGCCAUGCUCCUGAGUGGGAUGAGGGAAUCCCAGGGCACGCAGGUGUCUCUGCGCACCAUGUCUGCUUGGGACCUGCAACUCCUCGUCUCCUUUGCCUACUCUGGGGUUGUUCGAGCUAGGUGGCCAGGACUGUUGAGAGCAGCACAGGCCGCCCUGCAGUACCAGAGCUCUUCCUGCCUGGAUGUCUGUCAGAGAGCCUUGUCCCGAAGCCUCAGCCCCGCACGCUGCCUGGCCCUGUACCCCCUGGCCGAAGCCCCUGGCCUGGAGCAGCUCUGGAGUAAAGCCCGUCAUUACCUCCUCACCCACUUGCCCGUGGUGGCUUUGUGCCCCACUUUCCCUUCUUUGCCAGCUGCCUGCCUGGCAGAACUCCUGGACAACGACGAGCUUCACCUCCAGGAAGAGUUGGAGGCCUUUGUGGCUGCACGGUGUUGGCUGGCUGCCAACCCGGAGACGCAGGAGUCAGAGGCCAAGGCCCUGUUGCAGUGUGUCCGCUUCGGGCGCAUGUCAACUAGGGAACUUCGGAAGGUGCGGGCAGCUGGGCUACCCUCCCCUCUGCCCCCGGAACUGCUACACCAGGUGAUAGUGGAGGCUGAGGUCCCAGGUCAACAGAGAUGGAGAAAACCUGACCGGGCACUGGUGGUGAUUGGUGGGGACGGGCUCAGACCAGACAUGGCCCGAAGAAAGCCGUCCCGCAAAGUGUGGUGGGCCCAGGCCUUCCGCUGUGGCAUGGGACUCGUACGGACUGUGGAGUGGGGGCAGUUCCCUGGCCUACCUUCCCCAGGGCGCUUCAGGCAUGCUGCUGCCAGCCUGGAAGGAAGUGAGCUCUAUGUGUGUGGGGGACAGGAUUUCUACAGCCAUUCCAACACCUUGGCUUCAACUCUCAGGUGGGAUCCCAGUCUAGAGGACUGGGAAGAGGUGGCACCUUUAUGCCAGGCUCGGAGCUUAUUCCCUCUAGUGGCACUGGAUGGACAACUUUAUGCCCUAGGAGGACGGCAUGAUGGUGUUGCCCUCAGUUCUGUAGAAUCCUACAACCCUGAGCUCAAUGUCUGGAGGCCGGCUCCUGCACUUCCAGCACCGUGUUUUGCCCAUGCAGCUGCCAUUUUGGAGGGUCGGUUAUAUGUGAGCGGUGGCUGUAGUGAGAAUGGCCAAUUUCUGGCCUCACUGCUGCACUAUGACCCCAAACUUGAAAAUCCAGCAACAUUUCUGAGCCCUAUGGGGGUGCCUCGAGCUGGCCACGUCAUGGCUGCUCUGGGUGGACGUUUGUAUGUGGCAGGAGGAAUAGGAGAGACUGGGGACCUGCUGAGCUUUGAGGCCUAUCAACUGAGAACUGAUAGCUGGAGUCGCCUGGUGCCUCUGCCCUCUCCCCACGUAGGGGCUGCAGGUGCUGUGCUACAAGGGGAGAUACUGGUCCUGGGGGGCUACAGCCACCGGACCUAUGCCAUCUCACACCUUAUCCAUGCCUACUCUCCUGGUCUGGGCCGUUGGCUGUGCCUGGGAACUCUGCCAAAGCCUCGGGCUGAGAUGCCUGCCUGCAUCCUGGCCCUGCCUGCAGUGCAGCACCUAGCUUCAGCUCCCACCCUGCACCAAACCAAGCCUGCUGGGUGAAGAAUGCACAGUAAGGUAGUGGUGGGAGGAAGAGGAAAGAAAUAUCUUUAAAGAAGGACAGGAAUUAUGAGAGGAGGAAGAAAAAUCUUUGUUCUUGAUAGCAUUUUGUUUUCACCUAGGACUUUCAAGCUCAGGCACUGCUUUUGCACAUAUGAUCUCCACUGAGGAUAAGGUGGUGGCAGAGCGCCUGAGGACAGGAGGAGGAGAGGGCUUGAGGAUGGGGGACAGCUGGGUCACCUGAGUAGUGAGACGAGCCCAGGAGUGACUGCCUAAUGGUUAGGGAAUCUUGGUGGAGGCUCCAGUAGCCAAAGAGCAGGGGCCAUGAGGGACGUUAGAGAAGUGAUUUGGACCCAUGGGUCAAGGAGGAAAAUGUGAAAGAGCCAAGCAUGAGUGAGUUUGAGGAGUGUGGAGUGGAGAACUUCCAACGGCCAGCUCUUUUCUUUUCCAACACCUGCGCCACCUUAUUGUUCUUCCCUCUUGA